AUGUCACAGAGCCGUCCGUCGGCCUUUCAAAGCCUGAGAAUGGGUGAGGUGAUUCGCGAAAAGGUGCAGGAUGGCUUGACCGGCGAGACGCGAGAGAUGCAAUACACGCAGUGCAAGAUUGUGGGCAAUGGCAGUUUCGGCGUGGUCUUCCAGACGAAACUGUCCCCCUCGGGCGAGGAUGCGGCCAUCAAACGGGUGCUGCAGGACAAGCGCUUCAAGAACCGAGAACUGCAAAUCAUGCGCAUUGUUCGCCAUCCCAACAUUGUCGAACUCAAGGCAUUCUACUACUCCAACGGAGACAGGAAAGAUGAGGUCUAUCUCAACCUGGUCCUCGAAUUCGUCCCGGAGACCGUCUACCGGGCCUCGAGACACUUCAACAAGCUCAAGACCACCAUGCCAAUUCUGGAAGUCAAGCUCUACAUUUACCAACUCUUCCGCUCGCUCGCCUACAUCCACUCCCAGGGCAUCUGCCACCGAGACAUUAAGCCGCAGAAUCUGCUGUUGGAUCCAUCUUCGGGAAUCCUCAAGCUCUGUGACUUUGGCAGCGCGAAGAUUUUGGUGGAGAACGAACCCAAUGUCUCGUACAUUUGCUCGCGAUACUAUCGUGCGCCGGAACUAAUCUUCGGUGCCACCAAUUACACCACCAAGAUUGAUGUUUGGUCCACGGGUUGCGUCAUGGCAGAGCUCAUGCUCGGACAGCCACUGUUUCCUGGAGAGUCUGGCAUUGACCAGCUGGUGGAGAUUAUCAAGGUCCUUGGCACACCAACACGAGACCAGAUUCGCACCAUGAACCCGAAUUACAUGGAGCACAAGUUUCCCCAAAUCAAGCCGCAUCCGUUCAGCAAGGUGUUCCGUAAGGCCGACCCCAACGCGAUCGACUUGAUUUCACGGUUGUUGGAGUACACACCGACACAACGUCUGUCGGCAGUCGAUGCCAUGGUGCACCCAUUCUUUGACGAAUUGAGAGAUCCCAACACCAGGCUCCCAGACUCGCGUCAUUCGAGCGGAAGCAGUAAAGAUUUGCCCACCUUAUUCGACUUUUCGCAUCACGAACUCUCCAUUGCACCUCACCUCAACCACCAGUUGGUGCCAGCCCAUAUCAAGCCGGGUCUCGUGGCCAAGGGAUUGGAUAUUGACAACCUUACACCAUUGACCAAGGAUCAGAUGAUGGCUCGUCUAGAUUGA